GAAGCCGAGAAGCCGGAGCUGGGAGGCGCGAGUCCAGGAGGAGAGGGGAGGUUGGGGCGCCUUUUCCUCGGCGGAGGGGCGUCAGCGGGAGCCCCGCGCUGAGAGGGCGAGGGAGCAGAAAGCCCGGAGGAGCCGCUCUGCCUUUGACAAGUGAGGGAAGACAAUGAAGUACUAGAGAUGCUUCCCUUUGUGUUCGCCAUCCUGGGCUCAGCAGAGGCUACCUGCAGGACCGCCGCCUGCAACAACACCACCAAGGAUUACUGCUACAGCGCCCGCAUCCGCAGCACUGUGCUGCAGGGCUUGCCCUUCGGAGGGGUGCCCACCGUCCUUGCCCUUGAUUUUAUGUGCUUUCUUGCACUGCUGUUUGUUUUUUCCAUUUUACGUAAAGUGGCCUGGGAUUAUGGGCGUCUGGCACUGGUGACUGAUGCUGACAGGCAAAGGCGCUGGCAGCAGGAGCAUGAGGAACGGGAAUAUGUGGCGUCCGCCUUGCAUUCUGACAGCCAUGACCGCUAUGAGCGCCUCACUUCCGUCUCCAGCUCUGUGGACUUUGACCAAAGAGACAAUGGCUUCUGCUCCUGGCUGACGGCAAUCUUCAGGAUAAAGGAUGAUGAGAUCCGGGAGAAGUGUGGGGCCGACGCAGUCCAUUACCUCUCCUUCCAGCGGCACAUCAUUGGUCUGCUGGUGGCUGUGGGCGUCCUCUCUGUGGGCAUCGUUCUGCCAGUGAACUUCUCAGGGGACCUGCUAGAGAACAACCCCUACAGCUUUGGGAGAACAACUAUUGCUAACUUGAAAUCUGGGAAUAACCUGUUAUGGCUGCACACGUCCUUUGCCUUCCUGUACCUGUUGCUGACUGUGUACAGCAUGCGCCGGCACACCUCCAAGAUGCGCUACAAGGAGGAUGAUUUGGUGAAGCGAACUCUCUUCAUUAACGGAAUCUCAAAGUAUGCCGAACCUGAAAAGAUCAGAAAGCAUUUUGAGGAAGCCUACGCCAGCUGCACGGUACUGGAGGCACGUCCCUGCUAUGAUGUGGCCCGGCUGAUGUUUCUUGAUGCAGAGAGGAAAAAAGCAGAGCGUGGAAAGAUCUACUUCACCAACUUGCAGUCCAAGGAGAACACGCCCUCCAUGAUCAAUCCCAAGCCCUGUGGCCAUCUCUGCUGUUGUGCCAUCAAAGGCUGUGAAGAGGUGGAAGCCAUGGAGUAUUACACCAAACUGGAGGAGAAGCUGAAGGAGGACUACAAGAAGGAAAAGGAAAAGGUGAACGAGAAGCCGUUGGGCAUGGCCUUUGUCACUUUCCACAACGAGGCCAUUACAGCCAUAAUCCUUAAGGACUUCAACGUGUGCAAGUGCCAGGGCUGCAAGUGCCGUGGGGAACCCAAGGCCUCGUCCUGCAGCGAGUCCCUCCAUGUCUCCAACUGGGCAGUCUCAUAUGCGCCUGACCCUCAGAAUAUUUACUGGGAACACCUGUCCAUUCGUGGCUUCAUUUGGUGGUUCCGCUGCCUGAUCAUCAAUGUGGUGCUCUUCAUCCUGCUCUUCUUCCUCACCACUCCUGCCAUCAUCAUCACCACUAUGGACAAGUUCAAUGUCACCAAGCCUGUUGAGUACUUGAAUAAUCCCAUCAUUACCCAGUUCUUCCCCACCCUGCUGCUGUGGGCCUUUUCUGCUCUGCUUCCCACAAUUGUGUACUAUUCGGCAUUCUUUGAAGCCCACUGGACCAGGUCUGGAGAGAACAGAACAACCAUGCACAAGUGCUACACUUUCCUCAUCUUCAUGGUAUUGCUGCUGCCUUCGCUGGGCUUGAGCAGUCUGGAUGUAUUUUUCCGCUGGCUGUUUGACAAAAAGUUCCUGGCAGAGGCUGCUGUGAGAUUUGAGUGUGUGUUCUUGCCAGACAACGGGGCCUUCUUUGUGAACUACGUUAUUGCCUCUGCCUUCAUUGGGAAUGCCAUGGACUUGCUGCGCAUCCCCGGCCUCCUGAUGUACAUGAUUCGCCUCUGCCUUGCCCGCUCAGCUGCUGAACGCAAGAAUGUCAAACGGCAUCAGGCCUACGAGUUCCAGUUCGGGGCCGCUUAUGCCUGGAUGAUGUGUGUCUUCACUGUGGUAAUGACCUACAGUAUCACCUGCCCCAUCAUUGUCCCGUUUGGCCUGAUGUAUAUGCUACUGAAGCACCUGGUGGACAGGUACAACCUCUAUUACGCCUACCUGCCUGCCAAGCUGGAUAAAAAGAUCCAUUCAGGGGCUGUGAACCAGGUGGUGGCAGCACCUAUCCUCUGCCUCUUUUGGCUCCUUUUCUUCUCCACCGUGCGCACAGGGUUCCUGGCUCUCACGUCCAUGUUCACCUUCGUGGUUCUCGUCAUCACCAUCGUGAUCUGCUUGUGUCAUGUCUGCUUUGGACACUUCAAAUACCUCAGUGCUCACAAUUACAAGAUCGACCACACAGAGGUGGAUGCUGUAGAUGGGAGGGAGAACGGACGGCCCGCUGCCAGCCACCCGCCAGCUCCAAAAUCAGCUCAGAAGUACAUUGCCCAAGUGCUGCAAGAUUCUUCACCUGAGGGCGACCUGGCAGAGUCUGAAGAACAGGGGUCCCAGGACGAGGAGCUCAUCAACCCCAACGGCAUCAACGAUACAGAUUUCCAGUCGUGCGAGGACAGCCUGAUAGAAAACGAGAUCCAUCAUUAGGGGCGCUGGAAUGCAAGAGGGGGCAGGGGGAGUCCUGUGAGCUGCCGAGGCUGCUGGGCACCAGUUGUAUAUGUGUGUGUGAGAGGGAGUGAAAAGCUGUGUAUGUGUGAGAGAGGGAGCGAGACCAAGGAAGCGGAAGAGAAGGCAGCACGAGACGAGACAGGUGGCAUCCAUUGCUCCUUCCUGGCUGCUGCAUUAUUGCUCCUUCUAAGAUGGAGAGAGAGAACCUGUCCCGUUGCUCUCUCUGUAUUCUUCUUUCUCUCUCCCUCUCUCUCUCUCUCCAUCCUUUAGUAUGGAAGGAGGAUUUCUCUUACAAGCUGCCUUCCCUGAACUCCAUCUGAAACACCCUACAAACCCAAGAUGGAGCAGAGGAAAUGGCCUGCCUCUUUGCUCCAUUGUGGCCGGGAUGGGAAGCAAAAGGAAGGUGCAGCAGAAACCAGGCGAAAGAUUCUCCUCCUCCCAGGGAGCCUGUCCUCCCACAUUCCCUGCUCCCCUGUCUAGAAUCAUGAACACUAAUAAUGUAUUAGGUCUGAAAGAGAACUGAGCUUUAAUCAAGGCACUGAGUUUCCAAACAAAGAGUCGAGUGGCUUUGAACCUGGCUGGGAUCAGGGAUUCCAGCCAAGCGGAGCCGUUUUGUUU